CUAUUACUUCGUCACGGAGAUGAACCUCAUAGACCGCAAGGAGCUGGAGCCCUUGAGCAUGAGAUGACGCCCAUACCUGAGCAGCCAGUGCCUGAACAUCCCGUGGCUGAACAUCCCAUGGCUGAACAUCCCAUGACUGAACAGCCCAUGGCUGAACAUCCCAUGGCUGAACAGCCCAUGGCUGAACAUCCCCAUACAAUGGAAGAAGAAAAUAAGGAGCAUACUCCUGAGAAAACUGGCGAUUAUUAUAAAGAUGUAAAACAGUAUGUCUUCACAACACAAAAUCCAAAUGGCACACAGUCUGAAAUAUCCGUGAGAGCAACAACUGAUCUGAAUUUUUCUCUGAGAAACUAUAAACUCUUCAAUGAAACAACUACGACGGCACCUCCUGAAGUAGUCAGCCAUGAAGAAAAAGGAACCCAGAGUCCAAAUGAGCCUGCAUUUUGGACAAUGUUAGCUAAAGCUAUAAAUGCAACCACCAGUGAGGACAACCAACGAGAUCAAUUUUUUCACCCAAUUCCAAACUCCGAUGUGAACACUACAUGGGAAGACAACACGGCAAGAGCACAGGAAGCCAAGUUAAAAUUAAUGCUGGGCAUCUCACUGAUGACCCUCUUCCUUUUUGUCGUCCUGUUGGCAAUCUGUAGUGCCAUGCUGUACAAAAUGAAGAUGAUGAAAUAUAAACAAGCAUGUCAGACUGGUGAAUACUCCGUCAACCCAGAGCUGGCCACCCUGUCUUACUUUCAUCCAUCAGAAGGCGUAUCAGACACAUCAUUUUCCAAGAGUGCGGAGAGCAGCACAUUUUGGGGCACCACUUCCUCAGAAUUAAAGAAAUCAGACACAAGGUCAAAAUCUAGGACGACAGACAUGACUUCCACAGCCUCAGAGGAGAAUGAGGAGUCAGACAUAAUCCAGAGUGAGGAGCCCAGCGAAGAACCCACAGAUGAUUAGACAACUGUAAUAUUUUUGUCAUAAAAAAUACCUUUGUGAUGUUCAUUUGUAAUUUGGAAACUCUGGUGAGACCAAAUUUUUCUGGUGUCUUCAAAGGAGGGCAUAUUAAAUAAAAUUCUCUCAGCUAUAAAAACUAUUUAAAACUAUAUUCCAAAAAAUAUAAGGAAAUAAGGUGUGAAAAAGUUCAUCAAGUAAAAAAUGAUCCUGUAAAGUGACUUAUGCAAAAUAUUCAUUCUAGGCUGGCUCUUUUUAAAAUACGAGUAUUUCAUUUUUUCACCUUACCUGUGGGCAUUUUAGGGAAUUUCGGGGCAACCACUACUAUGCCCCUCUCCACCU